GGCCAUACCCAGCCGUGUAGUGAGGAGGGGAGAAAUGGACGACAACUUUCAGCUCGGAGAUGCUGGAGGGGCCAAAACUGUUGCAAAGUCUGGACGAAGGGCUCGGCUCGCUGCGGAUCAGUCUUCGUUUGAGGAUUCUCGUUAUGUGAGGAAGUCCUCCACCUCUGCUUCACUGGGAGAAGCACCUCCCCCUAAACCGGCCCGGCGGCAGGGCGGCUGGGCAGAAGAAAGCUCUGGGUCUGGAUCUGCCAAAUCUUCAAGAAGACUUGCAGCUGAGGACCUGGAGGACCGCCGCCUGCAACCGCAAACUCCCCAGGGAUCAGAUGAUGAAGGAGAUAUUCCAGUGAUUCCAGACCUUGAAGAAGUACAAGAAGAAGACCUCACCAUGCAAGUUGCAGCUCCACCAAGCGUCCAGGUGAACCGGGUAUUGACCUACAAAGAUCUGGACAACGAUCUGAAGUAUUACUCUGCCUUUCAGACCUUAGACGGAGAGAUUGACUUGAAGCUCCUCACCAAGGUUUUAGCGCCAGAGCAGGAGGUGAAAGAGGAUGAUGUGAGCUGGGACUGGGAUCAUCUGUUUACAGAGGUGUCCUCAGAGCUGCUGAUGGAAUGGGAUCAAGGAGAGAGUGAGGAUCAGGCCGCUUUGCCUGUAACAUGAGGAGGAGGUUUGGACUGAGACUUUAAAUGGCUCCAGUGGGAACUGGGUGAAUGUCCAUUACACAGAAGGGCCAGUGACUUUGGUUAUAUUAACUUUAAUUACUGUUUGUUAUCCAGGAUUUAUAUUCUGUAAAGUGUAUAUACAAGAUUUCUCGUGUUUUCUAAAUAAAUUCACUGUUCAGUUAACCGUGCUAUGUAGGCUGACAGCUUUGUUUAGGCUUUUGAACUUCACCCUUUUUUGUUUGUUAGUUUUUAACUAAAACAGCCAAAAGGCAAACUGAUUUUGUUCGAAAAGCCCCUCCUGAAAAUAACUGUCCCAAAUAUGCCCUCCUUGUACUGCCAGCAUUAUCAACACCCUCAUACAAGUCCAAGGUUGAUAAUCAGCUAAGCUGAAAUCCAGUUGAUUGUGUUCAAAUUAACAUUCCUCAUUAAAGCCUACA